GUGAUUGGUUCGAAUGCUGAUCGAAGAACACUUGUUUUGACAUCUGACGGUGAUUAUGACCUCAAGGAUUGGCGUGAUGAAAUUGAUCGAGUUAUUGCGAGCACCCGAAAAGGUUUGCAAUCGUGUCCAUAA